UGUGUGCAUGGGUAGGGGAGCGGUUUGCUACCCGACGCCCCCACCCGCAGAGACCGGGCUAUAAAUAGCACAGCAGAGCUCCGCCCUCCUCUCCCCCCAGCUUCUCUCCUCCGGAGCCGGCGCUGUGCCCGGGGCGCUCCGGGAGGAGGGACCAAGAUCCAGCGCCGGGGCGCAGAUACUGACACCAAGGGAAUCCGGGUGCCCCCCUAUAAGCCAUGUGGGCCCCCAGGAACCCGGCUCCGCCACCCAUGCUGUCCCUUGGUCACGGCCUGAAUCCUGGCCGGGCGGAGAUUCUGCGGAUAUUCAGGUCCCAAAUGCAAGCUGCUUCCCUCCCCUCACUCAAUUUUUGGGGCUGUGGCAACCUAAAAGAGGGACCUGCUUUUCCACUAAGACCUCAGGCCUCAGCCAACCACCAUCCCCACACCCCCAGCCAUCCUCGGCAGGUCCCAGUCCCGGCUCCAUCGGUUCCCUCGUCCCAGCCGCAGCCAUGCUGCACACCGAGGGCCACGCUCUUCUUCGGGCAGUGGGUCAGGGUAAGCUACGCUUGGCCCGUUUGCUUCUGGAGGGAGGCGCCUACGUGAAUGAGGGUGAUGCCCAAGGGGAGACUGCACUAAUGGCGGCCUGUCGGGCUCGUUACGACGACCCUCAGAACAAGGCGCGCAUGGUACGCUACCUCUUGGAGCAAGGCGCAGACCCCAACAUCGCAGACCGCCUAGGGCGCACUGCGCUCAUGCACGCUUGCGCUGGGGGUGGGGGCGCCGCGGUGGCCUCGCUGCUCCUUGCUCACGGCGCAGACCCCUCUGUCCGAGAUCACGCGGGAGCCUCAGCGCUUGUCCACGCCCUGGACCGCGGAGACCGCGAGACCCUUGCCACGCUGCUAGAUGCCUGCAAGGCCAAGGGCACGGAGGUCAUCAUCAUUACCACUGAUACCUCUCCCUCUGGCACCAAGAAGACCCGGCAGUAUCUCAAUUCCCCACCGUCCCCAGGAGUGGAGGACCCUGCUCCCGCUCCUCCGAGCCCGGGGGUAUGCACGUCGCCUUCGGAAAUCCAGCUGCAGACUGCGGGAGGAGGAGGGCGGGGGUUGUUAUCCCCUCGAGCCCAGGAAGAAGAGGAGAAGCGGGACGUAUUUGAAUUCCCUCUUCCUAAGCCCCCCGAUGACUCCUCCCCUUCGGAGCCGCUCCCCAAACCACCGCGCCACCCCCCAAAGCCCCUCAAAAGGCUCAACUCGGAGCCCUGGGGCCUAGUAGCACCUCCUCAACCGGUCCCACCCGCCGAAGGGAGGCCUGGGAUCGAGCGCUUGACCACCGAAUUCAACGGCCUGACCCUGACCAGUCGACCCCGUCUUUCCCGACGUCAUAGCACCGAAGGCCCGGAGGACCCGCCCCCAUGGGCGGAGAAAGUGACCGGCGCAGGUCCCCUCUCUCGCCGAAAUACAGCGCCAGAGGCUCAGGAGUCUGGUCCGCCUUCAGGGUUGAGGCAGAAACUGAGUCGCAUGGAGCCGGUGGAGCUCGACACUCCCGGACAUCUUUGCCCUGAUUCACCAGAGUCCAGUCGCUUGUCCCUGGAGCGUCGCAGAUACAGCGCCUCCCCGUUGACCCUCCCUCCAGCGGGCUCGGCUCCCUCUCCGCGCCAGUCUCAGGAGAGUCUGCCUGGGGCUGUAUCCCCGCUGAGCGGACGGAGGCGUAGUCCCGGGCUGCUGGAGAGGAGGGGCUCGGGGACGUUGCUCCUGGACCAUAUUUCUCAAACGCGGCCGGGUUUCCUGCCCCCGCUCAACGUCAGCCCCCACCCUCCUAUUCCCGACAUUCGCCCCCAACCUGGAGGUCGGGCGCCUUCGCUGCCUGCCCCUCCCUAUGCCGGGGCGCCAGGCUCUCCCAGGACCAAGCGCAAAUUGGUGAGACGACACUCCAUGCAGACUGAGCAGAUUCGCCUGCUAGGGGGCUUCCAGAGUCUAGGCGGGCCAGGGGAGCCAGGUCGCUGAGAGAAGUAGAGGAGCCAAGGAGGGUGAGGAUCAGGACCUUGAUGGGACAGGUGGUAGAACCAGCUCACACAUACCUUAGAGAUAGGAGUUUCUUGCAUGUGCUCAUAGGCACAGUGAAUGCACACAUGGUUGAACAUGUGUCCACAAGCACAGCACUCUUAUUAGCAAGGAAGGAUUAAGUACUCUAUUUACUGGGCAUAUAGACACAUUCAUUCAUGCCCUGGUCAUUUCACAUGCAUGUGGGAUACUCGUGUACCCACAGGCACAGCACAUCAAUAAACAUACAUGGCCACUUGUGCUAGGGUGCCAAACUCACUUGCAUUUGUUCAGAAGCAGUAGGGAACCCCCUACUAUGGGUAGUCUUCAAUAUCUUUGCCCUCCUGCAGAAGCAAUCCCUUGCUUUCCAUGUAAUACCCUGCAACACAACCUAUCAUGAUUUUAUGUACUUCACUCUUCAUGAAUAUCCUACCCCAUUCCACAGGUCUUGCUUUUCUUUCUAGGCCUGCCUCCUUGUUCACACUUCCAGACCCAAACACUUUUCAGGAUAUCUUCUUCACUCUUUUGGGGGUUCCUGCAGCAACCCCCAGCCUCAGUUCUGCUGCUGCCCUUCCUGCCUCAACUUCACUUCUCAACUUCCUGCUUUUUAUUCCCAGCCUGUCCACCCAAUCACUAAAAUAGGUUGUUUCAUUUUCUCAGGGGGUGGGUCAUGGGCUCUAAGCUACUGUCUGCCUGAGCUUAUGAAACCCCCCCCAACGUAGAAGUGGGGAGUGACCCUAAAUCACUACUCUCUCCACUUGACAUAUCAAAUAAAUGUGUUCAGAAGUC